AUGAGGGUACGGUGGAUAGCCAAGUUUGUGCUGGGAUGUACGGUUCUCAUCUCUCUCUCCACGGAAGAGGCGCGGAUCCAACGAAGCGGCGACUUUAGAGCGGCAAGAUUCGCUGGAGCCGGGGACAGAGACUCACAAUCCCGGGUCAGGAGACGAGGUCAAGACAACCUAAGAGGACCUAAUGUAUGCGGAUCUCGAUUUCACUCCUAUUGCUGUCCUGGAUGGAAAACAUUACCUGGUGGUAACCAAUGUAUUGUGCCCAUUUGUCGCAACACUUGCGGUGAUGGUUUCUGCUCCAGACCAAAUAUGUGCACUUGCUCCAAUGGGCAGCUCUCUCCAGGGUGUGGAUCUGGCUCUGUUCAGCAAUGCAAUGUCAGGUGCAUGAAUGGUGGCUCUUGCUCAGACGACAGCUGUGUUUGCCAGAAAGGAUAUACUGGAACGCAUUGUGGUCAGCCUGUGUGCAAAAAUGGCUGCCAGAAUGGAGGACGUUGCAUUGGACCAAGUCGCUGUGCGUGUGUGUAUGGGUUCACUGGACCACAGUGUGAACGAGAUUACCGAACUGGACCAUGCUUCACACAGGUCAAUAACCAAAUGUGCCAAGGACAGCUAAGUGGCAUUGUCUGCACCAAGACUCUCUGCUGUGCCACCAUUGGUCGAGCUUGGGGCCAUCCGUGUGAGAUGUGCCCUGCACAGCCUCAUCCCUGUCGCCGUGGUUUCAUCCCCAAUAUUCGAAGUGGUGCCUGUCAAGAUGUGGAUGAAUGUCAGGCAAUCCCAGGUCUGUGCCAGGGAGGAAACUGCAUCAACACAGUGGGAUCCUAUGAAUGCAAAUGUCCUGCUGGACACAAACAGAAUGAGAACAACCAGAAAUGUGAAGAUAUUGAUGAAUGCAGCACAAUUUCUGGAGUGUGUGAUGGCGGUGAAUGCUCCAAUACUGUUGGAAGCUACGUCUGUAACUGCCCACGUGGAUUUAUCACAAGCCUGGAUGGCUCCAGGUGUAUUGACCAGAGAUCUGGCACCUGCUUCAACAGCCUGCUGGGUGGUCGAUGUGCAGGAGAACUUCACGGACAUUAUACCAAGAUGCAGUGCUGCUGUGACUCAGGGCGAUGCUGGGCAGCAGGCCACACUCCAGAGAUGUGUCCUGUCAGGGGCUCUGAUGAGUAUCGGAGACUCUGCAUUGAAGGCCUUCCCUUCGGACCUGCUUACCCUGGCAUAGGAUAUCCAGGCUUUCCUGCUGCAGUUGGACCAGGUGUGAGUGGGCCUGGUGGAAUAGGCCCUGGUGUAUUUGGCCCUGGUGGAGUCGAUCCUGGUGGAAUUAGACCUGGUGUGGUCAGGCCUGGUGGAAUGGGGCCAAUUGGAAUUGGACCAGCUUUUUCAGGCCUUCCUGGAACUGGACCAGCGAUUGGUACAGCCACCUUGAAUCAGACCACUGAUGUCUGUAAACACUACACCAACCUGUGCCUGAAUGGACGUUGUAUUCCAACUCCAUCCAGUUACCGCUGCGAAUGUAACAUGGGUUUCAAGCAGGAUGUACGUGGGGAGUGCAUUGAUGUCGAUGAAUGCUUCAGCAGUCCAUGUGUGAAUAGUGACUGUUUUAAUACUCCUGGUGGCUACCACUGCAAGUGUCAUGAGGGUUUCCAGAGUACUGCUACAAAGCAGUCCUGCAUUGAUAUAGACGAGUGUAUCCAAAAUGGAGUUUUGUGUCGGAACGCCCGAUGUGUUAACACUGAUGGAAGUUUCCAAUGUAUCUGCAAUGCUGGCUUUGAACUCACCGAAGAUGGAAAGAACUGUAUGGAUCACGAUGAAUGUGCCACUACCAACAUGUGUCUGAAUGGAAUGUGUAUCAACGAAGAUGGUAGCUUCAAGUGUAUCUGCAAGAAUGGCUUUGUCUUAGCUCCAAAUGGGCGUUACUGUGUGGAUAUUGAUGAAUGUCAGACACCUGGUAUCUGCAUGAAUGGGCGCUGUAUUAAUUCAGAAGGUUCAUUCAGGUGCGAAUGUCCUCCAGGUUUAGCCAUUGGAGUGGAUGGACGUGUGUGCGUUGAUACUCACAUGCGCAGCACUUGCUAUGGAGCCAUCAAGAAGGGAACCUGCGCCCGACCCUUUCCUGGAGCUGUUACCAAAUCAGAAUGCUGUUGUGCCAGCCCAGACCAUGGUUUUGGAGAGCCCUGUCAGCCCUGUCCAGCCAGGACCUCUGCUGAAUUCCAGGCUCUUUGUAGCAGUGGUAUUGGGAUCACAGCGGAUGGACGAGAUAUCAAUGAGUGUGCUCUUGAUCCUGAUAUCUGUGCCAAUGGGAUUUGUGAGAACCUGCGCGGCAGUUACCGCUGUAUUUGCAAUAUCGGAUAUCAGUCAGACGUCAGUGGCAAGAACUGUGUUGACAUUGAUGAAUGUUCUGUCAACAUGCUGCUGUGUGACAAUGGACUGUGCCGUAACACUCCAGGCAGUUACACGUGCACCUGCCCCACUGGUUACAUCUUUAAACCUGAUACUGAAACCUGUGAAGAUGUGAAUGAAUGUGAAUCCAGCCCAUGUGUGAAUGGUUACUGCAGGAACAUGGCCGGCUCAUUCAUCUGUGAAUGUUCACUUGGCAGCAAACUGGACCCAACCAGAACCAUCUGUAUUGACAGCAUGAAGGGGACGUGUUGGCUGAACAUUCAGGGCGGUCGCUGCGAAGUGAACAUCAACGGAGCCACGCUGAAGUCGCAGUGCUGCGCCACCUUGGGAGCUGCCUGGGGCAGCCCCUGUGAACACUGCGAGCUGGAUCCAUCAUGUCCCAGAGGCUAUGCAAGAGUGAAGGGUGUUACUUGUGAAGAUGUGAACGAGUGUGACGUGUUCCCUGGCGUUUGCACAAAUGGACGUUGUGUAAACACACAGGGCUCCUUCAAGUGUGAAUGUUCCGAAGGGCUGACUCUAGAUGGAACUGGGAGAACAUGUGUCGAUGUCCGCUUGGAGCAUUGCUACCUGAAGUGGGAAGAGGACGAAUGCACAGAGCCAGUGGGUGGCCGCUUCCGCAUUGAUGCUUGCUGCUGCUCGAUCGGCCAUGCGUGGGGAGCAGACUGUGAGGAGUGCCCACAGCCUGGCACACCGGAAUAUGAGGCCAUUUGCCCUAGGGGACCAGGUUUUGCCAACAGGGGUGAUGUUUUGACAGGGAGGCCAUUCUAUAAAGAUAUCAAUGAAUGUAAGGUAUUCUCCAGCCUGUGCACAUAUGGAACGUGCCGUAACACAAUUGGCAGCUUUAAGUGUCGCUGUGAGAAUGGCUUUGCCCUAAACAUGGAGGAGAGGAAUUGUACAGAUAUCAAUGAAUGUCGCAUUUCACCAGAUCUCUGUGGGCAUGGUACCUGUGUGAACACACCAGGCAGUUUCGAAUGCGAGUGUUUUGAUGGAUAUGAAAGUGGUUUUAUGAUGAUGAAAACCUGUAUGGACAUCGACGAGUGUGAGAGAGACCCUUUGCUGUGUCGGGGCGGAACUUGUGUGAACACAGAUGGCAGCUAUGAAUGCAUCUGCCCCCCAGGUCAUGAGUUGACCUCCGAGGGUGAUGGCUGUGUGGAUAUCGAUGAAUGCUCUCUGAGUGACAACCUGUGCAAGAAUGGGCGCUGUGUGAACAUGAUUGGGACCUACCAAUGUGCCUGUGACUCAGGUUAUCAGUCUACCAGUGACAGACAGGGCUGUGUGGAUAUUGAUGAAUGCACUAUUAUGAACGGGGGAUGUGAUACACAUUGCACAAACUCAGAAGGAAGCUAUGAGUGCAGCUGUAGCGAAGGUUACGCUCUGAUGCCUGAUAAGAGAACGUGUGCAGAUAUUGAUGAAUGUGAAGAGAAUCCUGAUAUUUGUGAAGGUGGGCAAUGUACCAACAUCCCUGGAGAAUAUCGCUGCCUCUGCUAUGACGGAUUCAUGGCUUCCAUGGACAUGAGGACUUGUCUGGAUGUUAAUGAGUGUGAGCUGAAUCCAAAUAUCUGUCUCCAUGGUGACUGUGAGAACACCAAAGGCUCUUUCAUCUGCCAUUGCCAGCUGGGAUACUUCGUGAAGAAAGGAACUACAGGAUGCACAGAUAUUGACGAAUGUGAAAUUGGAGCUCACAACUGCGACAUGCACGCCUCCUGUGUGAACGUUCCAGGGAGCUUCAAGUGCAAAUGUCGUGAUGGAUGGAUCGGAGAUGGUCUUGAGUGCAUCGAUUUGGAUGAGUGUGCGACCGAAGAGCACCAAUGCAACCCCAGCGCCAACUGCAUGAACACACCAGGCUCAUACCGCUGUGCCUGCAAAGAUGGCUUCAGUGGGGAUGGCUUCAGCUGCUCAGAUGUUGACGAGUGUGCAGAAAACGUGAAUCUAUGCGAGAACGGCCAAUGUCUGAAUGCUCCUGGGGGAUACCGCUGUGAAUGUGAAAUGGGAUUCACGCCAACAGAAGACAGCAAGGCUUGUCAAGAUAUUGAUGAAUGCACCUUUCAGAACAUUUGUGUUUUCGGCACUUGCCAGAACCUACCUGGAAUGUUCCGUUGUGUUUGUGAUGAUGGCUACGAGCUGGACAGAAGUGGUGGCAAUUGCACAGAUAUCAAUGAGUGUGCCGAUCCAGUCAACUGUAUCAAUGGCCUUUGCGUGAACACCCCCGGCGGCUACCUGUGUAACUGCCCCACAGAUUUCGAGCUGAACCCCACAGGGGUUGGUUGUGUGGACACGCGAGUUGGUAAUUGCUUCCUGGAGACAUUGGCAAGGGGAGACGGUGGCAUUUCAUGCAGUGCAGAGAUUGGUGUUGGCGUCACUCGGGCCUCGUGUUGCUGUUCCUUGGGAAGAGCUUGGGGAAACCCCUGCGAAUUCUGCCCUCCUGUCAACUCAACUGAGUACAAGACGCUCUGUCCGGGCGGAGAAGGUUUCAGACCAAACCCCAUCACUGUCAUCCUAGAGGAUAUUGAUGAGUGUCAGGAACUACCAGGCCUGUGCCAAGGUGGAAAUUGUGUCAACACAUUUGGAAGCUUCCAGUGUGAGUGCCCAGCUGGUUACUACCUGAACGAAGAUACCCGUAUUUGUGAAGAUAUUGAUGAGUGCACCACCCACAUUGGGAUCUGUGGGCCUGGAACAUGCUACAAUACCUUGGGCAACUAUACCUGCGUCUGCCCUCCAGAAUACAUGCAGGUCAAUGGAGGAAAUAACUGCAUGGAUAUGAGAAAGAGUGUCUGCUACCGCAACUUCAAUGACACGUGUGAGAACGAGCUCUCAUUCAACAUGACCAAGAAGAUGUGCUGCUGUUCCUACAAUGUGGGCAAAGGCUGGAACAAGCCUUGUGAACCCUGUCCCACCCCAGCCACAUCUCAAUACCAGCUCCUUUGUGGGAAUCAGGCUCCAGGUUUCAUCAUUGACAUUCACACCGGCAAGCCAGUUGAUAUUGAUGAGUGUCGGGAAAUACCAGGCAUUUGUGCAAAUGGUGUCUGUAUUAACCAGAUUGGAAACUUCCGCUGUGAGUGCCCAAUGGGAUUUAGCUACAACAACGUGUUCCUGAUCUGUGAAGAUAUCGAUGAGUGCACCAAUGGGGAUAACCUAUGCCAGAGGAAUGCAGACUGCAUCAACAUCCCAGGCAGUUACCGCUGCGAGUGCUCCCCAGGCUUUAAGUUGUCGCUUAGUGGAGCCUGUGUGGAUCGUAAUGAAUGCCAGGAGAUCCCAAAUGUCUGCAGCCACGGAGAAUGCAUCGAUACUGAAGGAAGUUAUCGGUGUCUUUGCCACAAUGGUUUCAAAGCAACAGCUGACCAGACAAUGUGCAUGGAUAUUGACGAGUGUGAUCGGCAGCCCUGUGGAAAUGGAACCUGCAAGAACACAGUUGGAUCCUACAACUGCCUCUGCUUCCCCGGAUUUGACCUCACUCACAACAAUGACUGUAUGGAUAUUGAUGAGUGCUCAACUCUGAUUGGCCAGGUCUGUAGAAAUGGACAGUGCAUAAACAGUAUUGGAUCGUUCCAGUGCUUGUGUCAGGAUGGCUAUGACCUGCCACCCGAUGGGAAGAAUUGCGUUGAUAUCAAUGAAUGCAUCAGUUACCCCGGCACCUGUGCUCCUGGGACCUGCCAGAAUUUAGAUGGUUCCUUCCGGUGUAUCUGCCCACCUGGAUAUGAAGUACAGAAUGACCACUGCAUUGAUAUUAACGAGUGUGAGGAGGACCCCAACAUCUGCCUGUUUGGUUUCUGCACCAAUACACCUGGAAGCUUCCAGUGUAACUGCGCAAAUGGAUUUGUCCUCUCCGAGAAUGGAAGGAGAUGCUUUGAUACCAGACAGAGCUUCUGCUUCACCAGGUUUGAUAACGGCAAGUGUUCAGUUCCCAAGGCAUUUAACACGACCAAAGCCCGCUGCUGCUGCAGUAAGAUGCCAGGAGAGGGUUGGGGUGACCCAUGUGAACUUUGUCCUCAGGAAGAAGAAGUUGCUUUUCAGGAGCUGUGCCCAUAUGGUCAUGGUGCCAUCCCAGGCAUUGGGGAUACCCGCGAAGAUGUGAAUGAGUGUGUAGAGAAUCCUGGUAUCUGCGUGAAUGGACAUUGUAUAAACACCGAUGGUUCCUUCCGAUGUGAGUGUCCCCUAGGAUAUAACCUGGAUUUCACCGGAGUGAACUGUGUUGAUAUUGUCGAAUGCAGCAUCGGUAACCCCUGUGGUAAUGGUACCUGCAUUAAUGUCAUUGGGGCGUUUGAGUGCGAAUGUGAUGAUGGAUUUGAACCUGGACCAAUGGCCACUUGUGAAGAUAUCAACGAAUGUUCUCUCAAUCCUCUGCUGUGUGCAUUCCGCUGCAUCAACACCUAUGGUUCCUAUGAAUGCACGUGUCCUGGAGGUUAUACUCUGAGGGAUGACCGCAAGAUGUGUAGAGAUUUGGAUGAAUGCUUGGAAGGAUUACAUGACUGUGAAUCCCAAGGGAUGAUGUGCAAGAACCUGAUUGGCACCUUCAUGUGUAUCUGCCCACCGGGAAUGAUGCGAAGACCAGAUGGAGAGGGCUGCAUGGAUGAAAAUGAGUGCCGCACUAAACCAGGAAUAUGUAAGAAUGGACGAUGUAUUAACACGGUGGGCAGCUACCAGUGUGACUGUAAUGAAGGGUUCUUGGAAAAUCCAUCAGCGACAGAGUGCCUUGAUAAUCGCCAGGGCUUCUGUUUCACCGAAGUUUUACAGACAAUGUGCCAGAUGUCAUCCACCAACCGUAACCUAGUCACCAAGUCUGAAUGCUGCUGUAAUGGAGGCAGGGGUUGGGGAAAUCAGUGUGAGCUGUGCCCCCUGCCAGGGACAGCCCAGUAUAAGAAAAUGUGCCCACAUGGACCUGGCUAUGCUACAGAUGGUAGAGAUAUCGAUGAAUGCAGAGUGAUGCCAAACUUGUGUAAAAAUGGACAGUGCAUAAAUACUAUGGGUUCCUUCCGCUGUUUCUGUACUAAGGGAUACACCACUGAUUUAACAGCCACCUCCUGCAUUGAUCACGAUGAGUGCGCCCAAUCACCCAAACCAUGCAACUUCAUCUGCAAGAACACAGAAGGCAGCUACCAAUGCUCCUGCCCAAGAGGCUACAUCCUGCAAGAAAAUGGCAAGACAUGUAGAGACCUUGAUGAAUGUUCCACCAAGCAGCAUAAUUGUCAGUUCCUGUGUGUAAACACAAUUGGAUCCUUCACGUGCAAGUGCCCACCAGGUUUCACACAGCACCACACUUCAUGCAUUGACAAUAAUGAAUGCAUGUCUCAGUCCCCGGUCUGUGGUUCCAAGGGCACUUGCCAGAAUACACCUGGAAGUUUCAGCUGUGAUUGCCAGAAAGGAUUCUUACUGGAUGAUACUGGUUUAAACUGUGAAGAUGUUGAUGAAUGUGAUGGAAACCACCGCUGCCAGCACGGCUGCCAGAACAUGUUGGGUGGGUACAGGUGCAGCUGCCCUCAAGGCUACAUGCAGCACUACCAGUGGAACCAAUGUGUGGAUGAGAAUGAAUGCAAUAAUCCCAGUGCCUGUGGUGCAGCCUCCUGUUACAACACACUGGGCAGCUACAAAUGCCUCUGCCCUUCUGGGUUUGAUUUUGACCAGUACGUUGGGGGAUGUCAGGAUGUGAAUGAAUGCUCAUCUUCAGGAAACCCCUGCUCUUAUGGCUGCUCCAACACAGAAGGUGGCUACCUCUGUGGUUGCCCAGGAGGCUACUUCAGGGUGGGCCAAGGACAUUGUAUAUCUGGAAUGGGAUUCGGGAAUGGUCACUAUCUGCCUGUGGACGAGGAGGAGGUGGCAGAAGAGAACAUGCUGUCCCCUGAGACCUGUUACGAGUGCAAGAUCAAUGGCUAUCCCAAAAGAGGGAGGCACCGGAGGAGCACAAACGGCACUGAAUCCCCUGAGAAGCACAAGAUCAGUCUCGCAAGCUUGGACAUCGAUGUGCCAAUCCCAUUGAAUGUGAAUAUCUCAGAAAUGGGAGUCCAUGAUCACAUCAUGGAAUUCCUGCCUGCCAUCGAACCCUUGGAAAACCACGUGCGUUACUUCAUUACCGGAGGGAACGAAGCCAGCUUCUUCCGAAUCCACCAGAAAGAUGGUCUCAGUUACCUGCACCUAAGCCGCAAAAAGGCUAUCCGAGGAAAGUAUACAUUGGAGGUGUCCAGUAUGCCUCUGUACAGGAAGAAAGAACUCCUGAAGCUAGAAGAUGAGAAUGACAUUGACUACCUCGUGGGUGAUAUUGGUGAGGCCCUUCGAAUGAAGCUUCAAAUUCAUCUUCUUUGAUGUUCUUAUUUUGUCUCUAGGUGGGGGUAAAAACCCAUUUUAAGUAGCACCUCAGCACCAAUCAGUCAACAUGAUACUUUAUGAUGGGAUAGUGGGCUGUGUCAGCUCAACAAAGUCUACACCAUAUACUUCAUACCAACAUACCAAGCCUAAACAACAACUGCACUGUCGCAAUUUCAUACAUGCCAUGGAUUAUGGGACUCUCUUCAAAAAGGGCCAAUAAAUAUUUAAGGUUAAGGUUGGGAGUAUCCCUGUGCUCAGCCAGUUUUUGUUUUGAAAUAUAGUGAUCUAAAUUAGAGAGUAUUUAAUGAUGGAUUCAACUAUAUUGAAGUAAAAUAAACACAAGACAAUUGGGGAUCAGACGUCAUGAAAUUUGGGAGAAUAGGUGCUAUUGAGUCGAAGUUAGAGAUUUGCUCUUUAUUUAGAGAGCAAUAAAUAUGUUACUAAAAUAUAAUACAAUUUAAUGUCAUUAUAAUUGCCUUGAGAAAAUAAUUUUCUAAAGAGGGAAUAUAGAUAUUUUCUACUCCGGCCUCUGGCCUGUUCUAUUCUCAGCAACUCCCUGCCUCUGUUUUAGUAUGAGAACUGUAGACAAAUCCAUUUCAUAUAAUUUGGCAAACACAUUUUGGGGAUUGUACAUCUAACCCAGAAAGCUCUGAUCUUAGCAAAUUAUUUACAAAAAUGUUGACCACAGGAAGCAGAGGACAGGCUGUCAGUUCAUCAGGAAAAUUUUUGAAUAAACCGUCAGCCCACUAGUUACAGAGCACAACAAGCCAGUGAAGUCAGAGAACCAGAAAGAGGUGAAAUAUUUCCAUCUGAAUGUUGUAUAACUUUAAAACAAAACACAAUGAAAGGCAUCAUCUUCUUUAAGUUUAUUAUUCUCCGAAGUUAUGUGCUCAUUAAUUGCAGGCCCCUCGUAAAGGCCACUGGGGUGUUUAUUAUGCUUCACAGAGUUGGAAUUAACUAAAAUUUACAUGUGUUAAAAGUGAUCGUGUGCAUUGUCACAGGAGUUUAUCCAAAUGCCUGUAACACAGAAGCAUUGUUGAGUAAGCAUGGCACCAUAUCCCACCAACCACAGCAUCAGUAUUAAAAAGAAAAUUAAUUUUCUUAACAAUCAAUGGAUUCAGGAUUAGCACGUCUCAAUGACUUUAUCUUCUGGUGGGUCUGUGAUUAUUCCAAAAGUCAGAAAGCUGAGAAUCCCUCAGUACUUUGAUCCAUAUACAUUUUGAAACUUUGACUGGUGUGUCUAGCAGGUUGUCUACCUGCCCUAUUGAAGUGUCUUUAUUACAACAAAAUCUUGGACAUGACCCUAAUAGAAGGCCUUUUAUUCCAGUGUGUAAUGCUCUCAUUUUACCUUCCUUCUUUGUAGAUGUGUAGACUUCGGCUCUAAGGGAUUCAUGAGAGAAAGAGGUUCCUUUAUAUAUUUAAACUUGUGUGUGAUGUUGAUUUUAGCAAGACUGGCUAUCAAACGAGCACCUUCUCUCUGCCCAACCACAAUCAGGCUGAACCCCUGUCACCUCAGGGAUCAGCCCUUAAUCUCGUCGCCCAAUGGAGAGAGGACUGGCUGACGUGGGAGAUGUGCAGCAAAGCAAAUGAGGCAUAGGAUCAGUCAUAACCUUAUUCAAAUCCCAGAGCUGAUAUGUGAGGCAUUGUUUCUACUCAUGCUUCAACUUCUUGUGUCCUCCUUUUCCUAUUGCCUUAUAAUGGGAAGUUUAGUCUCUUAUUUUACCUCCCAGGAGUGAUGGAUGUGGCCUUGGCCUGCUCCCCCAAAGUAUUAUCCCUGCCUUGUCAUCUUUGGAAUUUUGUCCUAGCCAUGGAGCAGAAGGAGAACAAAAUGUGUGUCAGUUCUCACGUAAAACAGUGCAAGGCUAAGAUUGUGGAAUUUUGUGAUGGCAUAUUGUAACAGAGAAAAUGAUCCAUCAACUCCAGAUUUGUUCUUUCUAAGGGGAAUUCACCAACAGCCACCAUUCCACUGCAGAGAAUCAGGGUCCAAGACAGUCUUUUAUCACCUGUGCUUCUAAACAGCAGUAAGCAAAACCAAAAAUAUUGAGUACUGGAAUUGAAAGUUCCUCUUCAUAGAUGCCUAUACAAAUCUCAGUGGAUAUUGUCCAUGCAGCCUUGUUUCAUGGCUGCUUGUUUAUGUAGGGUGCUUUACACAAACUCCUAGGUAGUAUCAUUUCAGUGACCCAAAUUGACACUAUCUGGGAGUAAAUAUCUCAAAGGUAUUUCAGGUAACUGGUAACAUAGUUCUUUUGUGUUUGAAAUAUGGCAGCUUUACUAUGAUCUAACAGCACAGAUGCUGGUCCCCCAGCUCACUGCGCCUGAGCCAGCUCUGUCAUUCAGCAAUCACAACAAGGACUAUGCUUCUUGAACUUCCACCUCUCAUUUUGAGUUCAGCUAGAUGAUAAAGGAGUAACUCUUCUGGUCGUGGAUUUGAAAAUGACUUGUAAUUUUGAACGUAUUCCUGUUUAAGGUAUAGGACAUCCUCAAAUUUGCAGCAUUUUGACAUGGUGGACAGAAAAUCACCUACUCAUCCUUCACCCCUACCCACCCAGCCCCACAACGCUUCACUUUCUCAUUCAUGGAGAUUAAAUAGUCAAAUUAAUCUUAAAUUCUUUAAAUGACUCCACUUGGAUAUGGCACAGUGCAGGCAAGUUACUGUUUCAUUAAGGUGCUAAUGUUAAGGAAUUACACAUUCAACCUCAGACUACCUGGUCCUGUUGUUCAGUAGUGCAAUUGACCUUACAAUGGUGCUAGUAUCGAAAUUCAGGGUUCCUGCACUAUCCAUCCCAUUUUAUAUUUAUGUAUAACCGACAUUUUGUACUGUUUGUCAAAAUAUUUUUUGUGAGCUCAUAUCUUGUAGCUUUUUUUUGUAAACAGUCACUUCAUGUAAAAUAGAGGACGUGUUUAUACUGUAAUCAUCUAGUGACAAACUUGAAAAACAACAUUUUUAUUGUAAACUUGUAAUACUGUAUACAGAUUUUUCUACUGCAAAGAGGGUUAUGAAUAUAGUAAUUCUGCCUAAACACUGGACCCUCGCCAUCUGUUGACCAUUCUGAACUUUGUAUUAACGAUGUGAAGCUUGGACUGCCAAAUAAUGAAGUACUGUUACACUACAGGCCCAAGUCAGCCUCUAUGUGUUCUGGUGUCAUCAUUUGGUGCACAGGGGUGCUUUUGGGGUUUGAGGGAGUGAUGGAGGGAGGGUUGUGGAGCAAGCAGAGCAAAACAAGUCUACCUGGGGUAUUAGAUUUGUAUCAAGAAACAUGCUCAACAAUAAAAUGGAUUAUUUUAGGUUAUA